AUGGCCGACACGGACCACAUCCGGAGCGUCCAGAGCCACCUCCAGCGCGGCGAGAAGGAGGCCCGCGCAGCGCUGGAGGCGUCGCUUAGGGACAACCUGGCAUGGAUCACGCUCUUCUCGACGGCGGCCAAGAAGGAGCUCCGGCGGCCGUCCAUCAAUGCCAAGAAGCGACGGCUCGUGCUCGACCUGGCCUCGGACGACGAUGUGCCCAGCAUGCCAAAGCGACCACGAGUCGAUGCCGCGCCGAUUGACGACAAUUCGAUCGCCGCGAGCAAGUCCUCGCCGACGCCGAGCGUCGCGGCAAGUCCCUUGAAGGCUGACGUGCCACCGCCGCAGAUCAAGCCGAGCAACCCUAAGAAGAAGUCAAACACGGUCAUCGUCAUCGAGUCCUCGUCCGAGAGCGACAGCGAAGACGACAACCAGUCGGCCAAGAGCGUUGCAGCUGUGGUGCGCGACCCGGCGAAACUCAAGGUGCCCGAACUUCGCAAAGCGCUGAGUGAGCGCAACCUCAGCACAUUUGGCCUUAAAGCCAAGCUGGUGGAGCGACUCACUCAAGCCCUCGCAGCGAAAAAGCGCGCGAAGCCCGACGCGUCACGCCGGAUGUAGCCGGCGUCGAUGACUACGAUGACGACGACGACGCGAUUCUACCU